CUUCGCCGCCGCCGCCGCCGCCAUGGCGUCCCGCAAAGCCGCCGCCGCCGGGCCGGGCACGGGGCUGGCCGCCGCCGCCGGCCGGGAGAGAGCGCACCUGGAGCUGGCCGAGCUGGGGCCGCUGCUGGAGGAGAAGGGGGAGCAGGGAGCCGCCGGCCCGCCCAGCGCCGAGGACCCGCCGUGCCCGGCGGCCCGCGAGGAAGAGGAGGAGGUGGUUCGUGUGCUGACUCUGCCCCUGCAGGCUCACCACGCCAUGGAGAAGAUGGAAGAGUUUGUGUAUAAGGUGUGGGAAGGGCGCUGGCGCGUGAUCCCCUACGACGUGCUGCCCGACUGGCUGAAGGACAACGAUUACCUCCUGCACGGGCACCGGCCCCCGAUGCCGUCCUUCCGAGCCUGCUUCAAGAGCAUCUUCCGGAUACACACCGAGACGGGCAACAUCUGGACGCACCUCCUGGGUUUUGUGUUGUUCCUCUGCUUGGGGAUCCUGACCAUGCUGCGGCCCAACAUGUAUUUCAUGGCUCCUCUCCAGGAGAAGGUGGUGUUCGGGAUGUUCUUCCUCGGUGCGGUGCUGUGCCUCAGCUUCUCCUGGCUUUUCCACACUGUCUACUGUCACUCCGAGAAGGUCUCGCGGACUUUUUCAAAGUUGGAUUAUUCAGGAAUUGCACUGCUGAUCAUGGGGAGCUUCGUCCCCUGGCUCUAUUACUCGUUCUACUGCUCCCCGCAGCCAAGACUCAUCUACCUCUCCAUCGUCUGCGUCCUGGGCAUCUCCGCCAUCAUCGUGGCUCAGUGGGACCGGUUUGCCACCCCCAAGCACCGGCAGACACGAGCAGGCGUCUUCCUGGGGCUGGGGCUGAGCGGCGUGGUGCCCACCAUGCACUUCACCAUCGCCGAAGGGUUCGUGAAGGCCACCACCGUCGGCCAGAUGGGCUGGUUCUUCCUCAUGGCCGUGAUGUACAUCACGGGCGCGGGGCUCUACGCCGCCCGCAUUCCUGAGCGCUUCUUCCCGGGCAAGUUCGACAUCUGGUUCCAGUCGCAUCAGAUCUUCCACGUGCUCGUGGUGGCUGCAGCCUUCGUCCACUUCUACGGGGUGUCGAACCUGCAGGAGUUUCGCUACGGACUCGAAGGGGGGUGCACAGACGACUCUCUCCUCUGAGAGCGCCUGGUUUUAGUACAAGCUUCCUAAGUGCUUUUUAAACUCUGUCUUUGCUAAAAUCAAAGGAAGACUCAAAACUGGGUUGUGUUUUUUUUUUUUUUUUAAAGAAAAAAAAAAAAGAAACAUUCUUUAGCAGAGUUCUGUCGACCAAAUCCUCACCCCCCUUCCCCGUGCACUUCGUUGGGGCCGAGGGGGAGGCAGCGCCGGCCCUGGCAGCCCCCCCGCCGCGGUGUUCCGGCCUCGCCUCCUCCAGGCCGUGUUCUGGCAGCACCGAGGCCACCCGACCUUUCCAGGCACGCUGAUUUCCGAAAGCAGAGGGCGCGGGUGCCCCGCUCCCGGCACAGCCGAGCACCCCCUUCCCGAGCUCACCGCCGGAGCGAGCCGUCACGCACUACCAGGCCCAGGGCCGGAGAUUUUGCAUUACCCCUCGCAGCAGAGCUGCCUUCCUGGGGACAGCUCUGCGGCCCCCAGUGCUGCUGCCCGGGGCACAGGCACAGAUUCACGUAAAUUAAGUUUUAAUGGUCCUUUCUUUUUUUUUUUUUUUGUUUUCCUUGACAAAAUAAUGUAAACAUAAAUGAGAGACUAUUUAAUAUUUAAUACUAAGCUUUAAAAAGACUUGCUGCCACCGCAGUGUACUCGGCUCCCUCGCUGUCUGUGGUAGUGAAGGAAGGACAGUGUUUUAGGGGAAUGUAGAGCUGCUGUAGCUGAUUGAAAUAAAAAGGUCAAUAGUUCAGUGUCGUG